UUGAACAUUCUUUUUGUUUUUAUAUAUUUUUGCUUCGCAGAACAAUAACGUGUUAAUAUAUCCAGAGCGUUGGCAAUUAUUGCACACAUUCAUUACAAUGGACAUAUAGCUCAUCCUCUCUGGCUAUAAAUAAACGAUCCCACAUGAUUUCUUGUAUGUUCUUGCCCUCAUUCAACUCUGGCUCUUCGCUACUCAUUUGUCUUAAUACAUUGUUGGCUAAAAUUUGUCUUUGUUUCCAUGGUUAAUCAUUUAAUAAUGCACAUAGCGCGUGUGAAAGCGUAGAAUUAUUGAAAAUUUCUUGACGCGUCGCUUUAAUGACCACGCUGACGUUGACAGCGGAAGGAGCAAGGAAGCCAAAAUCAUAAAGAGAGAAAUACAUGACAUAAAUAAAUCAGGCACAAAGUGUAAUAUUUAAUUGCAGCUAUAUGCAACGCAAUCACAAGACUCUCUCACACACAUACACACAUGCACACAUAAAGUCUUGGUUUACGCCCAUUACAUUUGCACUUUUAUUGCGCUUUUCGCAUUUAUGUCUUUUUGCUAGCCUUCGGCAGCUUCGCUUGUUUAUUUAGCUGUUGAUUAUUGAGAUGUCCUAUAAGUCAUAUGCAUAAACAAACACCUACAUGCAGAUGCUAUGCUCUUGUCUGCACACUCAUGCGUACGAUCGUUGGUCUUUUUGUAAUUUAUUGCUUCGAUAAAGUGAAUCAUAAAAACGCCGACAAUAAGUGGCAGUACUCAUAAAUCGUUCAGCGUGUAUUACUAAGGAUACAACCUUAAAUCUACUGUACAAAAAUAUAUGCGAAGUCUGUGUUUAUGCAUGUGCUUAUGACUUCCGUUAUGCACAUUGGGAAAUGUACGGCACUUCGAGUUGCAAACACUCGCAUCUAUACGACAUACUAGCAGAUCUAUAUAUGCGUAACACAGCAGGCCUUAGCAGUAAGUACAUUGGUGCUUACAAACUCAUACUCAUAUAUGCGUAAAUGUGUGUGGGUGUGUGUGUUGUGUGCCCACUGGGGCGUAUAAGUACUCUUGUGACUUAGUGUCAGCACUCGUGUUGCUUGCAAGUACCAGUGAAAGCGCAUACAAGCAUAAAUAUGUAUUUUAUGUUAUAUACGUAUAUGUACAUAUGUUUAUCUGGGUGCACACAGCGCAGCACAUUCGCUCGGGUUUUUCGACAUUACUUACUCGUAUGUACAUAUGCGUUUGCGUGUGUCACGCGUGCUGCUGCCAACAAUUGAUAUUGAACUUUCUUGUCUAAAUUAUGCCAUCCAACGGCAUUGCGUUGACUCGUGGAAGCCAUAAUUUACGAUUUUUGUUUGUUUAAAAUUAUGUUAAAUGCGUUUGCUUCAUACUUUGAAGCAAUAUGUUACCGUUCACACACUCAUCAAAUAAUUCGUACUUGAAGCUAAAUUAUGACUAUAUUAUUUAUAUAUACUAUAAAUAUUGCUUAUAAUAUUAUUUAUGAUAUCUAAAAGUGAUAAUGUGAAUUGAAACUAUAUAGUACAGAAAUCAAAGUGUAAGAUUGUAUGGCUUAAAAAGUUUACGUUUUUUGACAAUUCUUUGCUAUACCUUAUAACUUUUGGUAACACUCAUUUUAUUUUCAAAUAUUUCUUUUUGGAGAAAUUAUGUAUAAUAUAUUAUUUCAACGUUUCUAUUCACUCAUAUCAGUUAAUAUUUAACAAAAUAAGAGGUAAAGGUAGAGAUUAUGAUCAAAUAUCAUCUGAUCAAAAUUGACCCGGACUGAAAAAAAAGGAUGUCGAAUUUUGGAUUUUUCAGUUUCGGUUCAUUUUUCGAUCACCCUUCGACGUUAUAUUUAUAAACUCACGUUUCGUCACCAGCAACGAUGCGUUUGAUGAAUGUAGAAUCCUCAGCUUCGUUGUUACGUAUUUCGUUUGCUAUCUCUCUACUCGAUGUCGUUUUUGCAAUAGAUUCAGGUAUUUUGAUAUACCUAAGUCUAGCAAUGACAUGCUUCAUACACAAAAUAUUAACCAAAAUGUAUGGAGCCGAUCCGUGAGAGAUCAAUUUUCAUUAGUUGUUAUAUUCGAUGUUAUGAAACUCUCAAUCAAACUUUGUAUACAGUCUACUAGAUAAAAUGCGAUAACCCAAGAUACAACGAAUCUCGAAAGCAUACCAUUUCAUAAUAUUUGGUCCUAUACUUACUAUUUACCACAUCCUUAGUGUUAUAUCUAAAAUCUAUAUUAUAAUUUAAAUAUUAUAUUAUAAUUUUAAAAAUUCCGGUUGAGUUACGAGUAUAUUACUGCUCUCGUUUCAAUCAUCCCGAAACUAGUUCAAUAAAAAUCGAUGUUGAAAUAGCGCACAAAGCCACAUGUCAAAUAAUAAAAUUCUUUUAUUUCUCUGCGUUAUUCUUUAAACAGUUGAGCUGAUAUUUAUGUGUGUUUGUGUGACAUAUAAAGCAUAAAAUAAUAUUUUCUCUUAAACAAAAAUGUUAUUUCUGGUAUUUUAAAAUUUUUUCGACUCAUUGACUUUCAAUAUCGCUUUCUUUCGCUCAAUAUAACAACAGGUCAAAGCCAUAGCUUCCAAUAGCUCCAUUAAAAACAAACAAAAUAAUAAACAACACAAUCUAACUUAAAUACGAUGUGGUAAUAUAUGUAUGUGUAUAUACGAACUGAAUUUGCUUAUCGGCAAUCUUUGCGGUCAAACAACUACGAUUAUUUUGGCAAUUUCGACUUAAUGAAUGAACUUUUGCAGUUCGUUGCCUCUAGCGUCAAAAAUUGGCAAUCAAUAGGCAAAAUACGCGCUCCUUGCCCAUUACACAGGGUUGCACAUGUGUGUGUGUGUGUAUGUGUGCGGCUUGUGUGCUGCCAAAAGCAAACAUGAAAUAUACAUCCACCUGAUGCUGAUAUUUGGGCGCAACAAUUCCCUGCCGCAUAUUCCGCGUCGCGCCGCUCGUUAUAGCUAACGUUUCACCAUUUCACGUAUUUGUUUACAAAAUUUCGCUUUCACCGAUUUUACCAAGCGAUUGCGGAAUGAAUGAUUCAAUUUGUCAAUAUCCCUUUAUCUUGAUCAUAGUUGUUGCUAUUGUUGCUUAUUUUGUAUUUCCACGCAGGCAAACGACACGCAGCCGAAUACUACACGAGUAAGCUUAAAUAUCUAAGUGUGUGUGUGUGUGCGCUUGCAUGUGUGUCAGGCAGUGAGCCAGCAAGUGAUUGAGAAAUUCGGUGAACAUUGCACAAUUUCACUUUCAUCUAUACACACUCGCAACACACACACAAUUUACGCAACAUUUAAAACAUUCGCUUUCAUUUUAGCGUUUGUUGUUGGAGUUCUGGCAUUUAGUGCAUGUUUCGUUGAUGAGCAAAUAGUGCAAUGACUACCUAUGUACUAAUGUAUGUAUGUAGUUGCCACCUGGCUGCCACAUUCGCUGCUUGUUGGCGGCCUAUCAUGUGUGUGUGUUUACAUAGGCACUAAUUUUUUGUGUUUUGUGUUUUUUAUUUUCAAUUUUCAAUGAAGCGCGUUUGUUUGUUUGUGAUUUUGUCUAUUUGGAAUCGAUUUCAGGCAACGCGUCUCAGCUGCGUUGGAAUUAAGGCAGAGCAAACGAGCAAAAAGUCACUUGCAAUAAGACAUGUGUACGCGUAGCAAAUAUAGACUGACAAGCUGACAGGCUGCAAAACUGAGGAGAUUUAUUUUGUUUGCACACAAUUUGGGCGCGAAAGUAGCGCGAACUCUUGACUAUUUAUAAAGCUGAAUAGGAGAGAGUGGGAUGAGGCGGGAAUGACGCUAGUAGAAAACAUAUUAAAGCUGGACAAAUGUUGAAAAUAUAAUAUUAAAUUUAAGACUUUAUUUGAUUUUGUGAUAAAAUUCAAAAAUUUAUAAUGAAAAUUAUAUUGAAAAUAAUUAAACAAAUUUAAAUAGAAGAAUUAACAUGUGCACUUAUAAAAUCACUAUUUUUUUAUAGAAACUCUAAUUUGGUGUCAUUAAAAAAUGUAUGCGAGCUAUCACCUAAAGUUUUAAUUAAAAGUUGUUAAAGCUUUUUAGAAAAUCUCUUGGCUUUAUGCAUAAGAGCAAAACGAGAUUUCAUAUUUGAGCAAUGACAAAACAAUUUUCCGUCUAAAUAACCAAAAAGCGAUUUUAGUUCGAGACUGAAAAAAAUAAUUUUAAAAAAAUGCUUCAGAACCAUCAACUGCAUCAAAAAAUACUUUGAGUAUCAAUCGUAAAUGAACAUUGGUACAAUCUGCUUCAUUUAUAUAGUUUUCAGUAACGAAAAAAUUGAGAUCUAUUACUAAUCUUACGCUCUAAUAUGUGAAUAAAAAAAAUUGCGCAAGAUUAACAAGUACUUCAGUUAAAUUGUGUUAGUAUUAUUAUAUAUUUUACAAGAUAAUCAACAUACAUUUGAUGAGGGAUAUUCAAAAGAAUCUUAUACACCGCUAUUUUGCCUUCUAAAAGUCAUUAACUAGACUUAUUUUACAGUCUGAUAAAAUUUGAAUCGGAUUGGUCCACUUAAACUGCGCGCGCAAGCGAAAUCCAUAACAUUUUUUUCUUAGAUUGAAUUUUUUUAUGUUCGUGUGCAGUUUGUUCUCUACAUGUCAAUUGGUCUGUGUUUGGCAGAAGAAGAGGAUCUCAAAGUUUGUCAUGGAUCGGCUGAACCUUUUGGAAAUUUGCUUUUUUGUCAGUCCGGGCCAGUUUUGACAGUAAAUGGGUUAUAGAAUCUUUAUGCAAAUCUAAUAUGAAAUAUUUCUUAAAUUUGAUUGUUUUGAAAAGGCUUUUGACAAGAUUUAACAUCAACAAGCUAAGAAAGAGAUAUUUGAUCAAUCGAAUAAAUAAUAUUUAAACACAUAAUAGGCUUGGAUCUAUAGUUUUUUAGACUAAAGAGGACUUUGAAUAGGUUUUCCUUGCUUUUACACGUUUUUAAGUUUUUAUGCAAAAAUAACUUUCGAUGUCCACAAUUACAGAAGGUCUGAUCUCAUAUAAUAGACGUGACGGUGAAGUGACUGUGAACGUUUACUUACUAGUCUUGCUACCUGUUUUUCGAUCCUACGAUCAAAUUCAUUAUAACUAACUUGUAAUUUUUUGUGCUCAUGACUCUCCAAUAGUUAUUCUUGGUGCUUGAGAAGAAAUAUGAAUGGUAAUACUCUAUAUUUCAAAUACAGCCAGCAAUGCCAAAAAUCCAACAUUUUUUUUCCAUUAUUGCUGAAGAUUCUAAUUUAUGUAACAGCAAUAAUUGUUUUAAUUCAUUCUCACAGAUUGUGGUUACAUGAACUUGUUAAUGCCCCAAAAACUCGCCGCUCAUUACCGCAAUCGCUACUUAUAUGAGCCAAUACUUACGCAAACAACACUCGAUGUCGAAUAUUCCAAAGCUUCUUAUGUUCACUCAAGUACACUUUGAUACUCGUAUGCCGUGAGUGCUCGUGGUAAUGUCGCAUGUCUGGACCAUCUUCAUUUAAUCCUAUUCAUAAAUACAUAAUUACAAGGCGAAUUACGUUCGCCUGCAUAAAUGUGCAUAGAAGUACAGAAAUGUAGAGUAAAGAUAAUUCGUUGUGAUCCCAAUACAUAUGUAUGUAUGUAUGCGUGCACUUCAAGCAUACCUUUGUACUAAAUGAACGCCGGAAUGCUCACAACGAGCAUAAACUAGGCUAUUGCUUGUGACAGCUCCUUUGUUAGCAGUUUCACACUGGCGGCUAACCCAUCAACUCACACACAAAUUCAACCUCUCACACACACACACACACGCUUGAGCAUGGCCCAGAGCAAUGCACUGCAAGAGGAAGCGUAUUUUGUGGCGUACGCGGCGGGCGAUGGCGGUCGGUCUUCGUAUUAAAUGCGAAUUAUCUUAUGACUCAGCAGUAGCACACUUACACUCUCAUAUAAUAUUUAUAUGUGUUUGCACGAGUGUGUGUGUGCGGAAAAACACCUUAAUCAGCGCAAUAAUUGGCUUGUUUGUGUUCUGUUAUUUUUCGUUUUUGCCUUUUCUGCCGUUGCUUGUCCAUUCACAGACCAGUUUCACCUGCAUGCGACUUUGUGUACAUUGUAAUUAAUCGGAUGAUGCGUAGGAAAUACAGUGGUAACAGUAAUUAUUACAUACUGACGCUGUUGUGCGUUUACAAAAUGUAUGUAAAUGCGCUGUAAUUAAAUCAAUUUUGUCUUUAAUGCAUUACGUAAAGCAGAAAUUUGUAUUUGCUCUACUUAGUAAGAAUGAGUGUCAAGAGUUUCGUAAGUGAAUCGGAGUAAGAUGCGUUAAAUUGAAAAGUUUUCAUACGGAGCAAAUUGAAUUUUCCCUACAUAUAUUUAUAUAUAUUUCUCCAUUUCGAGCUUGUGUUUUUGUGUGUGUGCUAUGCUUUAAGCUUUAAAUUAAUUUAUAAUUUGUGGCGCUUUGAGAGCAAGGUGUUGUCUUAAGUCUCGCUAAGAUGGAAAUGACGUGCACUAAUGCCUUUAAUAGGAUGAGAUUAUUGGUGUGGCUAUUAUUCAUAUAUUGUAAAAUAUAUAUAUAAGUUUGAUAUAGUAAUAAAUUGAUUGAGUAGCCGUAUUGUAUCCGUAAUAUACAUAUACUAAAUUAACCUGCGAAUGAGAUCAUAAAAUAAUUAACACAUUUGCUUUUAAAAACGUGACUUCGUUUUCACCGAAGCUAUAAUAAUCAGCUAUAUGCUAUAGUGGUACGAUUUAAAAAAUUUAAUAGGAGGAGAAAACGACGUGUGUAAAUUUUCAGAAUCGAUAUUUAAAAAACUGAGAGACAAGUUUACCUAUACAUACAUUUUGUACGAUCUUCGAUCUUCCCUUUUAGGUGUUAAAAAACUCGUAGCACUCUGUUCACGGUAUAAAAAGUACUGAAAUAAAAAUUAAAUUUUUCUUUAAUUUAGAAGACAUUAUAUGAUGAUAUGUCCAACCCCCAAAACAUACAGUUAAUAUUUGGUAUUCAUAUUUUUUUCCAAUUAAUGAUUGUGGAACAGGGCGUAUACGUAACUUUGUUUGGUAAAAACGUUUCACAUUUCAUUUAAAUUUUUAUAUCUACACCUUUAUAAGUUAUAUAAAACAUUUUUCUCUUUUUAAACUAUACAUCCUCGAUCAAGCAGUACUUAAUGAGUUUUCAACAAAUAAAAAAAUUAUUGACGCCAUAAGUUUUGAUUUUAAGCGCUUUUGAAGCAAAUCGCUAUUUGAUGAGGCUUCAAAAUGCCGGCCAUAAAAACAUAUAACUUCUAAUCCACCAGAGCAUUUCACUCUAAGGCACAUGCAUUCAUUCGAGCACAUUUAUUACCACAUUAGAGAGCAAAUUUGCUGUUCACAGUCACGCAGAUUUUAAUUUGUAAUUUUAAGUACGUUGUGAAAUUUUAUUUCACCACAAAUGCUAAAGUUUAUGCUUGCCAUGAAAAAUGGUAGAGGAAAAGGAUUUAUUUGGUUGGGAAAUGUAAUUAAUAGACAGCAAAUUCUCACAAGAUAUAAAUUUAAAUUUACUAUGACAUUUCAUUUAACGACUAAUGUGAAGAGCAGUGUGAAAGCGCAGCAAGAUUUACUAUAUUCUUAAUUAAUGGCAACGCAAAUUUGAAUGAACGCGUAAUUACUAGAAAAAAUAAUGUAAACAGGCCAGAAUAAACAAAAGAAAUCACGCAGUUGAAAGAAAAAAAAUUAAUUAAAUGGAAGACACACAAAUUUUUGGCAAAAAGACUGAAGAACGUGAAAGCGCACUAACACCAGAACAUCCUUUGGCGCAUACAAACAAAGAUUACACGCAUUACAAGGUCAAGCGCAAGCAAAAACACGAACAACAAAAGUUGCAAACACAAAUAUUUAUUUAAGCGCCAUAGCAAACGAACAAAGUCGAAUAUUUCAAUUAAAAAAGUACAAAAAGGAAAUGGAAUUUCAAAACGUAAAUGUAAAAUCUGCGGAAUGUUUUGAACUUUGGUGGAAAAUGCCCGAAGUAAUCGCCAGCGGCAACAAUGCUCAACUAGUACUUUUCAAAGCAGUUGUCGGGGGUCACAACAAAGCAUACGGAAAAACAAAACAUGCCAGCAAAAGUAUUGCUAAAUAUAAAUAUCAUGUUGUUCCUGCUACUGUUAGAGAGCUGUUCACAAAAUGUUCUUUGAAUGACUGAAUUUAGGUGGUAGCAACAGCUGGAUUACAAGUAAAAUUGAAAUGAAUUAAGACUAGCAGAAUUCCCGCUCUUAGCAAUUAUGAGUCAACUGGAAUCUGUUUUUUCUCAAACGCACUCAAUUUUUUAAAAUAGAACUUAAAAACUUAUUUCUAAAUAAUUAUUUGUUUCUUUUUUUUUUAAGUGUGGGCAAUUUUGACAAUGCAUUUUAUUCCGCUAAAAUAAAAUAAUAUGUGUUUUCAAACUUAAAGCUUAAAUAAUCAUGAUUUAAAAGAAAAAUUAUGGAAUAACUUUAAAAUACUAAAAUAUCAGCCGUGUAAAUAAAUAAAAUCACACAAUUACAUGACUUAAUAAAUUUUAGGAAGACAAAUAUUUAUAUCAAGCAAAUAAAGGAAAAAUGUGAAAAGAAAUGGCAUAAUGUGAGACAAUGAACAAAUAACCGAAAACGGUCCAAAAACUGUUAUUCAGGCAAUAAAACACUAUCUGACAACUUUAGUGCAUUUCAAAAAUUAAGAAAACUAAAUUUCAACUGAAAACUUAACUGAGAAAACUAAAAUACUGCAAAAUAAUAAAAAAAAGCUAUAAAAAAGUUGAGCAGCCGCAGAAGAGCGCAAUCGACCGAGUAUGAAAUGCCACACAUCAAUUACUCGUAAAAUGACAAUUUCUAUGAAGACUGAUUUUGUUUAGUUAGAAACUAACAGAUAUUUGAAACAACUGUGUAACGCACAAACUACGUAGACGCCCGGGAGCGCACACAACUAAAGGCGAACACAACGCUCACAAUAUGGCAAGCAACGACAGAACACUCUAUCGCAAGCGUUUUAGCACCGGUAUUGGCAGCAGCAGCUGUACGAUGGAGCAGAAAAUUCUAGUACUCAUGGCAGUCGUGAUUGCAAAUGCUUGUAUAGCAGGCACCAUACCCGCCACACCCGAAAACAUCACCGUCACGUUCCUCACGCCCACAACGGUGCGUGUGUCCUGGCAAACGAUGAUCGAUUUGAAUGCGCAUCCAAUCGAGAAGUAUAUUGUGACAUAUAAGCCGACAGAUGACAGUUACAGGGUUGUCCAGGAUGUCGCCGGCAAUAGUGAGGCAAUCAUUUUAGAUCGUCUAUCGCCCAGCACCCAGUACUCGAUAGCGGUGACGGCCAUUUGGCUUGGCAAAAAGUAUCGCAGCAGACAGAUCAUAUUUCGCACAUUGGAUAUGCCUAAGACAUCGUCGCAGCAGGACUACGCGUCCGGACACACAACCGGCGCGCUGGGAAGCCAAAACAACGUUGGAAAUGUAAAUGCGGGGAUCGCCGGAGGUGGUGUGUCUGGUGCGGCCGGUGGAAGUGGUAUUAGCGUUGCUGGCACGGGGCUUAUCGGCGGCAAUCUAGCUAGCGCAGCGGCAGCAGCUAACGGUAACGGCACGUAUGGGGACGAUAUAACGUCAACAGUGACGAAUACAAUGGCGCAACGGCCACGUGAAUUGCCAACGAUACGCGGCGUUGAAAUCGGUAUAGUGCUUAUCGUUUUGAUGGUGUGGGCUGGCGCUAUAGCACUAUUCUUCAACCGUUGGGGAAAAAUCCGCAUGCUAUUGCCCUAUCAACCGGACUACAAACACGAACAGCUGAAAGUACCCGGCACCGGUGUGUGCACUGGCGCUGGCUGCAAUGGCCAACACUCGCAUCAGAACCUACACCCAGAUAUAUUCGUAAAGUCGAAAUCGAAAGCGGGUGGCGGAGUCAGCGGCGGCAGCGGCGGCGGCAACGGACACAAGUUCAGGCAGAAGCGUUUCAUUCAACAGCGGAGUAUAUUGAAAAAUUCCACAGAGCGUUCAAGCAAUCAGGAUGAGCAGGAACUUUUGGAGGCCAAAAAGCAAUUGAUAUUGCGGCGACGACGGCUCUUCAGCCACUACCGCCAGUACGAGCAGUGGCGUCGGCGUCAAUUUAGCUACGAUCCGUGCUACUAUCGCGCCAUACCGCUGCCAAUCGGCCAGGCGUCAUCCAUCAACUAUGCUGGCGGUUACAGCAGUCAGGGUCAGGGCGCAUUCCGACGCCGCCGCCAGUACAGGCGGCAGUACUCGUGUGCCGAACGUGAGGAUUCGCGCGAGAGUCGUGAGUCGUCGUCGCUGCAUCGUUACAAAGGCGCAAGUAUGGUGGCUAGCGAAUCAUUCAAUACCGAUAGCGCUAACUAUAUUAACUAUGAACAACAACAAGUACAAUCACAUCAACGGUCAAAUCAAUCGCAACAGCAACAACAUCAGCGUGAAGAAUCAAUCGAACCGUACUCAACAAUGGCACGUCGCAGUCAUUUCCACAUGUUGCACGAGGAGCGCUCUGCCUCCAUUUCGGAACGAUGCACACGUAGUCGCAUCAAUUCGGCCAUAUUUGUGUCGUCCGAGGGUAGAGGAUUUGAUUCAAUCGAAUUCCUGCGUCGACACGGUUCGCAGAGUGUAUUGUGUCGGAAGGCACGCAGCGCCGAGAAUAUCACCGACAAUGAGCGCAAGAAAAGUUUCUCCGACAAUAAGGGUUCGUGGCGCAAUGAAGGGAACAAUGACAUCGAUCCGAAUGCAUCGAAGCGGAGACAAGACGAUCUCGACGGUAGCGCUAUUGAGCUACGCGAAUGCCGUCCCAUUGCCAACAAUUGUAGUGCAGGCUGUUGCGGCGAAUCGCGAACUCUAUCCGUGCUCACUACCAAUACCAGCUGCGAUCAUCCAUCCACAUCGGCGGCCGCAGCGGUUUCAAUGGCCGCAACUAAUGUGGUUGUGGGCAGCAUCUCGAUUGAAACACCACCUUCCCACAUCAAAGAUGAACUGCAUAACAGCACAGCCAGCAUCGCAGCCACAACCACCGCCAUCGUCGCUUUGCAGAAUGGUGAGAAGAAACAGCGUCCAAAUACCUUUGUGGGCAUAUCGAAGAAGACUUCCGUCUCACGAGAUUCCAACGACACUGUCGAGGAGUUAGUACUCGUGCCAAGCGUCGCGGCCACGGCGGUGCCGUUGCCAGAAAUAGCCAUUACAAAUCGUUCUCGUACGCUUGUGCGCCAGCGUUCCUCAACUGCCUCCAUUUCACCGCACCGCAGUCCCAAGUUGCUAGCGCUAAAGCAUGCCAAACCCAAAAUCGCGGCGUUACCAAUGGUUUCGGUUUCGGGACCAUCACCACCGCACGAGAAGCCGCCGCCACAACCGCAAACGGAGUAUUUGUAACAAAUGGCAGCCGAAACAUUUAUUUAAGUUUAAGUGAAAGCAACGUUGACAUGGAAGAUGGAAGGCAUAUAUGAAUAUAUGAAGAGAAUACAAACGGUCGGCGCAGCGGCACGUUAUGGUGUUGUAUGCGCCAAAUCAAUAAGGCACAAAAGAAGCUUCAAGCUACCAUAUCCUCAGUGAAGUAUAUAAUUGGAAUCUUUCCUAUACUCUUCCUAACUUCCAGCUCACGUAUUUAACUCACACACUUACAAAUGUUUCGGCUAUAAUUGGAACAGUUCGUGGCCAACUAGUGUUGGGGUGGUCUAUCGUCUAAAAUCUCACAAAAAAUCUCAAAAAUGACUGAACUAUUCGUAACUACUGAAAACCGUUAAAAAAACAAAUACAUAUGUACAUAAAACUAAUAUAUGUGUAUGUAUGUAUGUAUAUUUAUUACAAAAUUAUUAAACCUUAGUACUAGAUAUUAGCUCUAAAAAUACAACCCGAGCCAUUGGUAGAUUGGCGAAAAGCUUUAACAAGUCACUUGAAAACUUUCAAGCUUUAAUAUUACAAAUACCAGUAAUACUGUUUAUAACAUUUUUUCGUCAUUAAUAUUCAUUAUUGAUUAAUAUUAUUAAUGUAACAUAUGUAUAUGUGCAACUAAUUACUAUUUAUAAGCAUAUAUAUGUAUGUAAUUAUUUAUUAUAUUUACGUAAAUAUGUUUUGUAUAGACUUAAGCACAGCUGACAACAAAUUAUAUUAAGCAACCGCAGUAACAACAACAAUAAAAUCAUAGAAUAAUUGAUUACUAUCAUUAUUUCUCCGUUUAUCAAAAACUAAACACAUACAUGCACGUGCUUAGGAUAGGUACUUAGAAUUUUAGGGAGCUUACAUUGUAGGUUUUCGAAUUGCGUUUCUUUAUGGAAUUCAAUAUACAUAUAUCGUAUAGUGAUUAGUUUUUUUUAUUAUGUACUUAAAUAAUAAUAAAUAUAUUCUUAGAUAUGCAUGUGUAAGUUAUAUAUUCAUACCUACAUGGCUAAUAUCAUAUAUCUAUAUAGCAUGGCAUAUUUGGUAUAUUUUGUAAAAGCUUUAAUGCUACAAAGGAAAAUGAUCUUGCAGGUGACAACAUCAACGUCAAUGCCAGUUUGAAGCGCGUAUUCAAGUGGCAACUCAUUAAUAUGAAGUAAAUUCGUUAGUUACCAAGUUGAAUGUUUUUCUUCAAACGCCCCUUUAGUUUCAGUUUUUGAUUCAACAUAAGUAUCCAAUGUAAACAGACUCCUUAUUUUCGAUUUAAUCUUUGCUAAAUCAUUUUUUGCAUUAAGCAAGUAAAUCUACAACUUUAAAAAGUAAUAUUCAAAUACAAAUUUUGCAUAAGAAUAUCACUUUAUUAAAGUUGUAGAUUCAUUUACUUUGGAGAUAAAAUAUUUAUUGCAAAAGAUCAAUUAAAUUCCAUAUUCUAUACAUGGGAAAAGAAAUCUGAUUAAGGCACGCAGAAACU